AGGCGCACCGAGCACAAUACGCGAACGAAGGGAAAAGAAACCAGAGCUUACCCACCAGGCGCUUUGCGGCCAGCGACGACGAGGACGGAGGCGAGGCGCGCGCCGCGGCCGGAGAUGUCGCAGAAGCGGCAGCCGGAGGAGAGCAGCGGCGGCGUCGGCGGAGGCAUGGGACCCCCCGUCCCGGCCGAAUCCGGGGCCGGGAGUUCCUCGCCGCCCCACCGCCGCGGGGAGCCCAAGCGCCAGAGGGUCCCCGCCCUCCGCGAGGUGAUCACGGAGGUGAUGCGGAAGAGCAGCAUCGAAAAGUUGUUCACGGCUAUCGAGCCCCUCAUCCGAAGAGUGGUGAAAGAAGAAAUCGAGUCAGCGUUUGCAAAUCAUGCCACUAUGAUGGCAAGAACUGUCAUGGAUGUUGUUCCAUCUUCAUCGAAAAAUUUCCAGCUACAGUUCAUGACUAAGCUUUCACUUCCAAUUUUCACUGGCUCCAAGAUUGAAGGGGAGAGCUCCUUAAGUAUAACUAUUGCUCUAGUUGACACUGUUACCAGAGAAGUUGUAGCAUCAGGCGAUGAGUCCCUGAUGAAAGUUGAAAUAGUAGUUUUAGAGGGGGAUUUUGAAGGUGGAGAAGGCGAUGACUGGACAGCUCAAGAGUUCAACAAUAACAUUAUUAGAGCAAGGGAAGGUAAACGACCCUUGCUUUCUGGAGACAUUUUUGUUGGCCUUAUUAAAGGCAUUGGUGCAGUGGGGGAACUAUCAUUCACAGAUAAUUCCAGUUGGACACGCAGCCGUAAGUUCAGGCUAGGUGCAAAAACUGAGGAUGGUUCUUAUAACGGAGUAAGGGUGCGUGAAGCAAAGUCUGAAUCAUUUGUGGUGAAGGAUCAUCGUGGAGAAUUAUACAAGAAGCACCAUCCCCCUAUUCUUGAUGAUGAGGUUUGGCGCCUGGAGAAGAUUGGCAAGGAGGGAGCAUUUCACAAGCGUUUGAAUAGGGAGAAAAUUGUUACUGUAAAAGAUUCCUCACUUUACUACAUCUUGAUGCUCCUAGGCUUCGAAAGAAGUAUAGCGCUUCUGAGUUGA